GCAGUCUGAGGGAGUCCGCGUCCGCUCUCGGCGUCCCUGCCGUACCCCGGGACAUUCGCGAGUCAGAGAGCCCAGUCUUCAUUGAAAGGUGAAGGUGGCGGAGGAAGCGGCGCUAGCGGCAAAGAAGACAUAUUCAAGGAGUAUCUGUUAAAACGAAAAAUCACUUUUGACCUACAAACGGGAAUAUCAUUUCCAGAGUGAUGAUAUCUGAAGAGCAGGUCCAAGAAGGGACAGAACUUCUGAAAUUUAAAACAAAAAUGGCUGAUAAAGAAAACAUUGGAAGACAUACAGAAAACACUAAUGCGACGAUGGACAAGAAUUAUAUUCCCUUAAAAUCUUCUAAUGAAUUAACCAGUUCUUCUACAGCAGUUGAAACACACUAUCUUGAGGUUGAUAAUGAAACUCUGCAAUUGUUGCCAAUUAACAGUGAUUCCCAAAAUCAAAAUAUGACACUAAGCCAGGUAUUUCAUCGUAAAAAAACUCAUAAAAAGAAACAAAUGAUAGUAGAAAAACCAAAGCAAGAUCCUAACAUGUUAAAGAAACCUGCGCUAGGAUAUUACCAUGGCCAUAUUGUUCAAUCUAAGAUUAAUUCAUUCAGAAAACCUCUACAAGUCAGAGACGAGAGUUUUGCAAUAACAAAGAAACUUUCAACUACUUUGUCUAAGGGCACAAAGCCUAACCAUAUAAAUACCAGCAGUGUAACAAUAAAAAGUGAUAGAGCCUCAAGUGUGACUGCUAUCACUCAAUUUGAGAACACUACAUCUAAGAGCACACAACUUGUGCGACCUCCCAUUAGAAAUCACCACAGUAACAUUCAGAACAGGGUCAAACAAGACUUUAACAGAACUUCUGCCAAUGUUACAGUCCGAAAAAAGUUUACUGAAAAAGAACCAUUACAAUCAGAAACAGUUCAAUGCAGUGUCAUAUCCAAUUCUCAGGACACAAAAAAUAAGGCCUUACAAUCGAAAACAGUUCUACCUAGGGUCAAAACCACAUCUCAGGACAUAAAAAGAAGUAAGGCAUUAUCCCAAAACACGGCAUCUGAAACUGUAGCCAGGCCUGUCUCAUUUACUAAUACCAAACUGACAAAAGAGUCAAUAAACAUUGACCAGCAAAGACAUACGUUGGCAAAAGCCACUGUGGAUAGAUCAGCUCAGCCCAAAGAAACUGCAGAAGAGAGAAAAUUUAUGUCAUGGAAAAACAAGGCAUCUGAAACUGUAGCCAGGCCUGUUUCAUUUACUAAUACCAAACUGACAGAGAAUUCAAAAACCAUUGACCAGCGAAGACAUACUUUGGCAAAAGCUACUGUAGAUAGAUCAGCUCAGCUCAAAGAAACUGCAGAAGAGAGAAAAUUUAUGUCAUGGAAACACAAGGCAUCUGAAACUGUAGCCAGGCCUAUCUCAUUUACUAAUACCAAACUGACAGAGAAGUCAAAAACCAUUGACCAGCAAAGACAUACUUUGGCAAAAGCCACUGUGGAUAGAUCAGCUCAGCCCAAAGAAACUGCAGAAGAGAGAAAAGCUCGCCUGAAUGAGUGGAGAGCUGGCAGAGGAAGAGUGCUGAAAAGGCCUCCUAAUUCAAUUACUAUCCAGCCUGAGCCUGAAAGACAAAAGGAGAAUCCAGUUGGAUCGUUCUGGACAACCAUGGCAGAAGAGGAUGAACAAAGAUUAUUUACUGACAAAGUAAACAAGACAUUUUCUGAAUGCCUGAACCUGAUUAAUAAGGGAUGCCCAAGAGAAGAAAUAAUGACCACACUAAAUGACCUGAUUAAAAAUAUUCCAGAUGCUAAAAAACUUGUUAAAUAUUGGAUAUGUCUUAUACGUAUUGAAUCAAUCACAAGUCCUAUUGAAAAUAUUAUCUCAAUCUAUGAGAGAGCUGUUCUAGCAGGGGCUCAGCCUAUUGAAGAAAUGCGACAGAUAAUUGUGGAUAUUAUAACAAUGAAGACCCAAGAAAAAAGUAAUUGUGGAGGAAAUGUUGAAGAUGUUUAUAGAACCAAGGAACAAAUCCAGGAAAUCAACAUUGAGGAUACAAGUGUUGAUCCAGAGCUAGGAAAACCAGAAAUGGAGAACAAACAUAAUAGAAAUGUAGUAUUUGAAGAUUGUGAACAACAGCAAGAUGACAAAAAGGAGCCAACUGAUAAUUUUAAAACCCCUGAGACAGAAAAUAGAUCAAGUUGCUUAAUUAAAUAUAACAUAUCUACUACACCAUACUUGCAAAGCAUAAAAAAGAAGAUGCAACUUGAUGAAACAAAUUCUGCAUUUAAAGAGCUCAAGUUUCUAACACCGGUGAGACGUUCUCGACGUCUUCAAGAGAAGACUUCUCAGUUGCCAGAUAUGUUAAAGGACCAUUACCCUUGUGUGUCUUCCCUGGAACAGUUAUCAGAGUUAGGAGGUGAAACAGAUGCUUUUGUGUGUCGUCCUAAUGUAGCUCUGUGCCCUAUGUACUCUGAGACUGAGACCUCAGAGGAGAAAUAAAGUUCCAGAAGGGAGUGAGGGUUUUUAUUAUUCCUGGGGUGUUGGUGAAGCUUCAUAUUUCCUUUGAACAUGAAGUUGGCCAAGUAUUUAAGUAUCUGUGGAAGUAAGAUCCUAUACCGACAUUCAUGUCAUAGGAGUUGUUCAUCUGUGUAGAAAGCUAACCUGACCAGGUCAGUCUCAACAGACUGAGUUUUUAAGAUACAUAAAUUUUAUCCAUUUCUUUUCCAUAUUCCCUAAAUAUAGAUCAAUUUGUUAUAAUGUUAUCUUGUUCACUUUAUUAACUUUCAAGUAUAGUAAUGAUGCAUCAUCAAAAAAUGAGGUGUUCUAGAUAGAAGUUAUAUUACAUGAACAUGUUUCAAAAAAUUUGAUACAUUUCCCUGUCUUUAAACAAAAUACUGAUAAUUCUUUAUGGCUUGAUUAAUGUGAGAGUCAAAAUUUAGAGCUGAGAGCUAGACAUGGUGUAGCAUGCCUGUAAUCCUAGUGCUCAGAAGGGUGAGGCAGGAAGACUAAGUUCAAGGCCAGCCUGAACCACUUAAUGAAACUCUUGUUAUCAAGAAUAAAACAAAACAAAACAAAUCAAGAACUUGAGACAGGAAAGAUGGAAUAAAGCUCAGUGAUUAAAAGUGCAUGCUUAGCAUACCUGAAGUCCUAUAUUUGAUACCUAGCACCAAACAGAAAAAGUAAAUAAUUGUAAUGUGUAGAGCUAUUCCUUUAAAGUAUUAGGGUAUUCAAGGUUUAGCUUGUUUUUUUCCAAACUCAUGUUAUUCAGACUAUUAUGCUCUGUUGCAUCCAUUGACCAGCCUUGGUUCUUCUGUCUUUUCUGUCUAUGAUGGUGUGUAUCUGUUGUCUUUCCCUUUGUCUCUUGAUUAUAACUUAGCUUGCAGAGAAAUUGUUAACAGGAUACCCGUCUGAGGUAUUUCUUGAAGUAUAUGAAAAAAGUGGUGCCUAAUUUAGUGGAUGUUCAAAACUUUUAUCUGAGUUUUUUCCUUUGUUGUUUUAUGCAGCUUGAUUAACAGUGUUAAAAUUUUACCUUUCAUAGCUUCAUUUUGUAGUUUAUAAACUAACAAGAGUUUGGGACAGACCUAUAUAUUUAACAUCAUAGUUUAGGUAGCAUUUCUAAAAUAAGUAAAGUUUUCUUUUUCUCACAAAUAAAUACCACCAGGAAAAUUCUAAGGUUCGAACUAGUACUUACAUGGCAUAUCAACUCUUUCACCUUUGUAGUUUCAAAUAAAUGAAUACUAAAAAUUUGAGAACUAUAUGUGAAAUAUGAGUGCAAAUAACACAUACUUAGUCUUAUGUUCAUUCCAAUUGUAUUUUUAUUUUAUUUAUUCUCUUAUGUUCUAAGGGUAGUUUUAUUCUUAAUAUGUUACCUAA